CGCGUCAUGGCGAGAAGGGCAGACGCUCUACCUGCCGACUCUCUCAUGCUUUGUCUCCGACAGGAAGGGAAUCGCGGGAGGAGGCGGGAUCGCCCCCUUUGAUGCUUCUUCCUGGUGCAUUUCCUCUGUGGCGCUCCGGGAAAGCCCCUUCUCCUCCCUGAACUUGAAGAAGGAAGGAGCUGAAGUUCCCGCGCGGGACCCUGCUCUUCUCAGGCCUCGGAGGAAUCUGGGAGAAGAUCUACAAGGUGGAAUUUCCAAGGAGGUCACAGACCUCCAUCUCUUGGAAGGGACUCUGUCGGAGGCUGCUUUGGAGCAGAUUAAAGAUGGAAAAGGGAGACAUGGCUGUCUAUAAAGCGGGAAACGGCUGUGAGGCCAACCAGGCCGGGAUGACUGGGGAAUUCUGGGAAAGGACGGGGCAGCAGAUCCAGGAAGAGGACACCAGCAGCUCAGAUGCACAGUGCCAGUGUUUCAGGCAGUUCUGCUACCAGGAGACUGAGGGGCCCCGAGAGGUUUGCAGCCAACUCCACCACCUUUGCUGUCAGUGGCUGAAGCCAGAGAGGCACACGAAAGCUCAGAUGCUGGACCUGGUGAUCCUGGAGCAGUUCCUGACUGUCCUGCCCCCAGAGAUGGAGAGCUGGGUGAGAGAAUGCAGAGCGGAGACCAGUUCCCAGGCAGUGGCCCUGGCAGAAGGUUUCCUCCUGAGCCAGGCAGAGGAGAAGCAGCAGGAAGAGCAGCAGAUGCAAGGACUGUUGUCAGAAGCUCUCCCCGGUUUCCACGAGACAGAGAAGAUUCCACCGGAUGCUGGGCAGAGGCUGUUGUCCAAGGGGAUCUCACAGGAGGGGGGCUUACUGGGUGCUGGCAUGACUCUGCCUCUGCAUUCUCAGCCAUCUCUUCCUUCAGGUGGAGUGGAAGGCGCUUCAGGACGCCCAGACCAGAGCGUCUUUCCCAGUUGCUGUUGCUUGUGUCUCCUCCAGUGUUUCCAGUAAUAGGGAUUCCCAGACAUUGACUACAACCCCCAUCAUUCUGUGUUGCAGUUUCUGCUGUUGUUUUAAUUCUAUUAAAAAGGGAGCCACUUUGAGACAAGACAACGCUUUCCUCCCUAUUUCUUUCUCUGCUGCUCUGGGCCCAAGGGCGUCUCACAGGUGGGUUAUCUUCACUCACAUGACUCCACGGCAGGACUAUGCAAAUUAGUUUAAGUUCGGGAGGAGGAAGCCCCUCCCCAGUUCUUUUGGCCUGCAAGGCUCCUGGCAGCUACUCAGAGCUACAGCUCUGCUGCUUUUACUUUCGUUUUCCAUUCAGCUCCUCUUUGUUGUUUUCCUGCCUUUUCCCCUCCACCUAGCUGGGCUGCAGCAUUGGAUGGCAAGACCCUCCAGAGUCAGAGGCGUAUCUAGGGAAAAUAGCACCUAGGGCAAGCACUGAAAUUGCGCCCCUGUCCAAACAUCUGACACCCAUCUUUCAGAUAACUUUACCAUAAUAUCAGCUCAAAAAUACAAGUCAAGCUCCUUAAUCUUUUAAUAUUUCAAAAACUAUUAAGCAGUGGACAUAGCCAGACCAAAAAAGUGCUGGGAAACUACAAAUUUCAGUAUGCUGGGGCUCAUGAAAUACCCAAAUACUAUGUGGAGGUGUACUUGGAAAACUAAACAGAAAUGCCUGUCUAAUUCUCUACUAUGCAUGUACUAGCAUCACUAUUACAUAAGUUUUAAAAAUAAAUGGAGAUUUUGACUUUUCCCAGAUACUCUGAAAAUAAUUAAAGGAUAUGCAGAGUAAACUGUGUCACUGCUUUGAAUAUAUUCUAGUAUUUCAGAAAAACAGUUAAAAUGAGAGAAAGAGAGAAAGAAACUCCCAGUGGGCCUUAAUACUAAGGAUUUCACACUGAUUCAAAGACAAACUCAUCAUUAAUAGCCAUAUUAUUAAGACAUCACAUUUAACUCACUUAUCACAAGAAGCAAAGUAAGAGGAAAUGAAUACAAUCCUAGCUCAUAAGCUUCAGCUCAGUAUUCACAAGCCCUGAUUCUCUGUACAUAGUGCCAAUCUGAAUAUGUGUACAGUGACUUAUAUUAAAUUAUUAUUUUUAACCUUGAAGCUCAGGCGCUUUCAGUUUUGUUUUCUCUGUUGCUGUGUCUGUUUGCCUUCUCUUACUUAUCUGUCCAUGCUAAUCCUAAUUAUUUUAUGCAAGGACUCCCCAUAGUACUACAAGUGCCAAUGGAGUCUAAAACCGGAUGGCCUGCCUGCUCCUCCUCUGCCGCCAGCAACACUGUCCUGAGCUGUGUGGGCCGGCGAGCUUUUACUCCAGCCAGCAGUCUUUGGGGCACAUGGACGCUGCUGUUCAGCUGUGUGGCGGCGUCCCGCAGCAGCAGGGAGCACAGGAAGCGGUCCGAGCAGCGCCUCCAAUACCGCUCUCCCCUGACUCCCCUUGCUGGCCAGAUUUUGAUUUUGAGUACCCGCAACCCCCACUCGCCCGGGCGGGCAUGCGGGGUGCGCAGAAGGCCAGGCAGACUCCUCCCCUGCCGGCAAUGGUGGCCUCAGGCUCUAUGGCCCUUAAGAAGGCACCAACAAAUGAAUCUGGGGCGACAGCUGAGAACGUGCAGUACCCGCAACCCCCGCUCGCCUGGGCAGCCAAACCGGGGUGCGCAGAAGGCCGGGCAGUCUCCUCUCCUGCCGGCAAUGGCGGCCUCGGGUUCUAAGGCCCAAAGAAGGUGCCAGCAGCCAGAUCACGGGCAGCUAUGGAGGGCGUGUGACCAGGAGUCCAGCCUCAACGGCACCGGAGGAACUGGUGAGCUCGGCCCAUGCUGGGUCUUUUUUCAAUAGUCUGACUCCCAACUGUGGGUUCCACAGGGUCAGCUAGUCUGACCCAAAAUACCCCUGCAGCCCAGGCCUUAUUUGAUCUUCCUGGGGAUAUGCCACCUACCUAGGGUGUGUGAAUUGAGGAUUAUUGGCAAAAUCUUGAGAGAUAUGAUGCCUUAACACUAUAAUAUAUAUACACACACACACAUAUAUAAAUCUGGAAUAUAUCCUAUACCAUAAAAAGCUAAUGUGUGUGGCUGUGC